AUUUACAACAUGACAGUUGAUUAAAAUGUGUCGUUCACGAAGUGAUAAGCUGUCUGUUCUUAUAUUUAUAGGCCUUUUUAUUCUGGUGUUUUCUCAAACAGGAUUGUACAGAAAGUACAGUGAAUGUAGAGAAAGAUACAUUUCAGGCGAAUGUUGUUACAACUUUCAUCUUGUGGGAAAUAAAUGCGAGCCGUGUCCCCCUGGAUCCUGGGGACACAACUGUGAAAACGCGUGUCCGAGCGGAAGUUACGGGUAUCUGUGUGUCAAAAUAUGCAAAGAUUGCACUACUUCCGAAUGCCAUCCAGUCUAUGGCUGUAAGAAGUUAAAUAUAGAAAAUUCAAGCCUCAAGACAACACUCCUCCUUUCUACAUACAGUGAGAAGUCUUCACGGAUAUUCAAAAAUACGAUACAUUCUUCUCCACACGUUUCUUUGUCCCCUUUGACUCAUGUUUCAAUUUCCACUCGCAUAUCCACUCCAUCUUCAAAAGUGAGAGCGACAAUGAUAAUUAUGUUUUUAUCGCAGAGAGUGGUUCUAUAAAAUUCUUUUUUUUUCAUCCUCAUAAUUCAAGUUGAAAAGAAAAAAUAUAUAAAGAAACGCUAUCCGUGUAAAAGAUCAUGCUAAAGAAACACAAAGAAAAGACUGACAUUGAAUUGAACGCAAGAGGAUCUAAAAUUGAUAUAAAGAGAAAAAUACGCACAGUAUCAGAAGCCUUGCCAUCUAAUACUUUAAAACACUUUUAACAGACACAAAUUCUCUCUCUCAAGGUUAUGCUAAAAUACGUAUUUAGAGCCAAAGAUUGAUUAACAUCAGUAUAGUUAUAGUGACGUCAACAAAACAACUUCCAGUAAAAUGCAUAUACAUCCUGAAAAAGAAGAGUUGGAGAGCCUUCCAAAAAGACCACAAAGGAAGCAGAUCAUUCUCACAGUACUGUGACUCAGUACUCAGUGAACACUUCUAAAAUGACGUCUACAGAUACAUGUAAACAUCUUAAAGGAACUGUGAAACAAAGCAAUUAUUCUUAUUUAGAUGUUGUUAAUGCUGGGAAUAUCUGAGAUAUUUUAAUAAAAGAAGGA